AUGAUUUCAACAAUCGGCACAACAACAAUUCAAACAACAACUUCACCAAACUCUUUAGUUAUGAAUCCAACAUCUAUGUUAGUAGAGAUGAAAAGCUUCAUUCCUUCUUCAUAUACUUUUGAGACAGAAAUACAAAGAAUUAAGCAAGAACUUUUAACAAGUAAUUUAGACUGUAGUGCGAAAGAUGAAACAAAUGAACAGUAUCUUUAUGACAUGCAGGACAUUAUUGACCAUUUACCCAAAUUGCCUGAAAUCCAACAACAAAAGCUCACUAUUCAUGAAUUCGAUGAAAUAGAAGUGAAACCAACUGACUCAGUAGAAAUAAAGAAGUUCAUACGUAAAGUAAAUUAUGAGUUUCUUGGAUUUCAUUGCAACCAUAAGGUUAUGGACAAAGAUUGCGAUAUGGUAUAUAAGAAUGUUUCUGACAUAUAUAAAUCUGAAGAAUUUAAGACCUACGACAACUUUGUUUCGUUAGUUGCUGAAUGUGUAUGGCAGAUAAGAGAUAAAGAUAAAAGAUGUAAAAUAUGGAAUGGACAAAUAAAACCAACAACUUUUGAGUUAAAGAAAACCAUUGACGCCUUAGUUGUUCUAGCAGGUCAAAUUUCAAUGUAUAACGCAAAAAUGAAUCCGCAAUGUUCAAAAUGUAAAGCAGCAAUGAGGAAAUAG